AUGAUCAAACAGAUAUUGGGUAAGCUACCUCGAAAACCCUCAAAAUCAUCGAGUAACGACCUAAACAAUGAUGGUGGAUUCAAUGCCCACUCGUCUUUGAACUCAUCACAUGGAGCUAAUUCCAUUAACAACUCAAAACCCUCUUCUAAUUCGUCCAAAUCUUCAAAUCCGAGCUCUGGCCCUUCACGCUUGAACAGUGGGAGCCAGGCACCAAAUAGCAAGGUGAAUCAAGGGAAAAAGUCAGCUCCCCAAGUGGGUCCCGUGAUGGCUUCUGGGGUUUAUGAGGCAUUGCCUAGCUUUCGUGAUGUUGCUAAUUCGGAAAAGCAGAAUCUCUUUAUUAAGAAGUUGAACAUGUGUUGUGUUGUGUUUGAUUUUAGUGAUCCCUCUAAGAAUCUUAAAGAGAAGGACAUUAAGAGGCAGACUUUGCUUGAGCUUGUUGAUUAUAUUUCGACUGUGACUUCAAAGUUCAAUGAGAUGGCAAUGCAAGAAAUUACAAAGAUGGUGGCAGUCAAUUUGUUCAGAACACUUCCAUCUACGAACUAUGAUAACAAGAUUCUAGAAAUGUUUGACCCUGAAGAUGAAGAGCCAGCUAUGGAGCCGGCUUGGCCUCAUCUUCAGAUUGUGUAUGAGUUUCUGCUUAGAUUUGUGGCUUCGACCGAGACUGAUGCCAAGCUUGCCAAGAGAUACGUUGACCAUUCAUUUGUGUUGAGAUUGCUGGACUUAUUUGAUUCCGAGGACCAAAGAGAGAGGGAGUAUUUGAAGACAAUACUGCACCGCAUUUACGGAAAGUUCAUGGUACAUCGACCAUUCAUUAGGAAAGCUAUCAACAAUAUCUUUUACAGAUUCAUUUUCGAGACAGAGAAGUAUAACGGGAUUGCAGAAAUGCUUGAGAUAUUGGGCAGCAUUAUUAAUGGGUUUGCUUUGCCAUUGAAGGAAGAGCACAAGCUGUUCCUUGUCCGUGCCUUAAUUCCACUUCACAAGCCCAAGUGUGUAUCGAUGUAUCACCAGCAACUGUCAUAUUGUAUCACUCAAUUCGUGGAGAAAGAUUUCAAGCUGGCUGAUACUGUAAUUCGAGGUCUCUUAAAGUAUUGGCCCAUAACGAAUAGUUCCAAGGAAGUUAUGUUUCUUGGAGAGUUGGAGGAAGUUUUAGAGGCCACUCAGGCAGCAGAGUUUCAGCGGUGCAUGGUCCCUUUAUUCCGUCAAAUUGGACGCUGCCUCAACAGCUCACAUUUUCAGGUUGCAGAACGUGCAUUGUUUUUGUGGAACAAUGAUCACAUAAGAAAUUUGAUCACACAGAAUCGCAGAGUGAUACUGCCUAUAAUCUUCCCAGCUUUGGAGAGAAACACAAGGGGGCAUUGGAACCAAGCUGUUCAGAGUCUGACCCUGAAUGUUAGGAAGAUAUUCUCAGAUGCCGAUCAAGAACUUUUUGAUGAGUGCUUGGUCAAAUUCGAAGAAGAUGAACUCAAACAGAUGGAGAGACGGGAGAAAAGAGAAUUAACUUGGAAGCGCUUGGAAGAUGUGGCAACCUCUAAGGCUGUAAGCAAUGAGGCUGUGCUUGUCUCAAGGUUUGUCUCGUCUGUUGCUAUUACCACUGGAACAAGUCCUCGGGCCACUGCAGGUGGUUGA